CGCAGGACUUGCGUUGGCGAAGCAGCUGAUUGGAAUCAGCUUUACAGUCGGCGAAGAAAACUGUAUUUAUGAUCCACAAGGUUUUGAGAGGCAUCAUGACCAGCACAUCACUCCGUGAAAUGCGUAAGCCCUACAAAGCUAUAUGGGAUGUCCUACGCGAGGACAAACUCCCGAAGAGAGAACCGGUCGCGCUCUUCGAUCAUUGGUUCACCGAAGCGAAGGACUCAGGACACACUUUCGAAACUAAUGCGGUCGCUGUUGCUUCGGCGACACCGGAGGGAAUACCCUCUGUGCGAAUGGUUCUUCUGAAAGGAUUCAACGAAGAUGGAUUUGUGUUCUUCACCAAUUACGACUCUAGGAAAGGACGCGAAUUGUUGGCUAACCCGAAAGCGGCGAUGCUCUUCUAUUGGGAUCAACAGCAUCGUCAAGUCCGCAUCGAAGGGAAGGUUGGGAAAAUCUCACGGGAGGAGAGCGAAAAAUACUUCCACACUCGACCUCGGGGGAGUCGAAUUUCUGCUCUACUCAGUAAACAGAGUACUGUAGUCGAGUCAAGAAAGGUACUUGACGAUGAGCAUGCGGCCCUAACCGAGAAAUAUGCCGAUGAAUCCAAGGAGAUUCCGUGUCCCGAAAACUGGGGUGGCUUGAUCCUGGUCCCCGAAAAGUUCGAAUUCUGGCAAGGGCAGACCUCUCGACUCCACGACCGACUGAUAUUCCGUCGACCAUCGUCAAAGGUUGAAGAAGAUUCAUCCGAGUUCGGAUGGUUUCUAGAACGCCUUGCCCCGUGAAGUGGUCUCGAAUGUGGUCAGGAACCACCGGGAUGGAUCUGCUACCGACGUUCGAAUAUUCUACUUCGUUCGCCGGCGCUGGCAGCAAAGGAGUGUCUUCCAUAAGCAGUAUCACGCAGAUGAUAUCGGGUAGCAAGAGCGACGUGAGACUCUCCCGCAAGAAUGCAAUGCGAUGAGGGCUACUGUCAAUAGACCGGAUCGUGUGGAAAAUAUAAAAAAUGUUAUAUCGCCUGAGGAAGGGUCGUCUCAUCCGAUGUGUUUGCGUCGAGUCGGGCGAAUGCGUUGGAUAUAAUGAAAGUACUCGCGGCUAGCCGUCCCGAAAUCGGGGAACUUU